AUGAAUUCUUGUUUGCGCCCCUUCGACACGCUCCAGCCUCAGCAAACUGACCGUAGCAGGAGUCGAGAGACGGACGCCUUUGUGCUGCCUUCGAAAGCCUACUAUCCCACCAAGAUACCCAUAGCCCAUUGGCAACUGCGACAUUUCAUCAGCUGCCCCGAGCCCGACCUCAUCUACUACGCGAGUGGCUACGACGUCUACUGCCUCAAUGCCGCCACACGAACCCAGGCGCCCGUCACCACACUACCCUGGGAAGCGCGCUGCACCGCUGCAGGUCACGGCUAUGUCUGUGUUGGCGGUGCCGAGGAUGGCAACUUUGCCGCCAUCAAGGUGACCGGCUUCCCUCCUUCACCCCCGUCCGACAUCGACGCCUCGCUGCCACUCCACUUCGAACACCACCUACCUCGGCCUCCACAGCUGGCCACUGCCUCUCGCGUUCGCCUCGAAAAGAUUGGAGAAGAUAUCGUCAACUCCAUAUCAAUCCACAAGCUGCCUGCCGACGGCUAUGAGCCGAGUGAGGUCGUCGCCGUCCUUACCAACAAUGACAAGACUGUGCGCCUAUACUCUUUGACCCAGAACCUCGAGUUGACGGUCUUAGAUCUGCCAUUUGCCAUGAAUCAUGCCACAAUCUCCCCUGACGGACAGCUGCUUGUGGCGGUAGGCGAUGCUCCUGUCGCCUUCUUCUUCGACCGCACUACGACACAGAAGCCAAGCAGUAGAAAGGCAGCCGAAGGAAGGCUACAACCAAUACACUCGGACUGGCAGUCGCUGAAGCAAGUUCACCUUCACCGGCCAGCCAAUUCAAAUGCCGACGGCUACUUCACCACAGCCUGGUCACCCUCGGGACGUCUCUGUGCCGUGGGAUCUGAAUGUGGUUACAUCACCGUCUUCGAUGUGGAGCUGUUGAAAUUAGUAGAGGAAGGCGAAGACGCCAUUGUGCAACUGAUUACCUCCACAAGACCGGAUGUUGCCUCGGGUCCUGGCGCAGUCCGAACAAUGCACUUUUCGCCUGCUCCUUGGGACUUUCUUAUUUGGAGCGAAGACCAGGCCAGAGUGUGCGUGGCCGAUCUUCGCGCUGGCUUGAAGGUGAAGCAGGUACUGACUUUGGACCCCAAGGAGGCGGGUAUAGAGAAGAUCGAGAUAGCCGACUUCGACACGACACUCAGCCCCGAGAGGCAUGAGCUGCGUAGGGAAGCAGACUUCAUUCGUAGAUAUCGUCGUGCCCUAGACUCCGAAGGUACUGCAGCGGCCGUGAACGCUGCGACUGAAUAUUUUGAAGCCGACUCUGAGCGGCGAAGUCUCCACCGACGGCUUGGAGUGGUCGAGUCGGACAACGAUCCACAUGGCCUGACAGCACAUGAAAGGCAAGUCCUCGAAGCGCUGCGGACGACCAGGCAGCGCGAAGAGGCUCGUGAGCAAGGAAUAACACCACGAAGUAUCAAUUACUCAACCUCGGGGCAUCGUGACCCUUUACCGGAACCAACUCGCCGUGAGGUGACUGUGGCCAUGACCGAGUUUAUGAACGAGAGCUUCCGUCGAUCGAACCGCCCGCCUCAAGAGCGGACAACACCUCGCCGGCAGGCCUCAGUCAAUGUCUCCAUUGACGAGGGCACGGUCAACGCUCCGCCUCGCAACCACACCCAAAUCACCGACUCCGCCAUAACAAGAUCGCCAAAUCCUGUCGCUGUCGAGGCCCAUCGUGUGGCCAGCGACAUCAUUACUUCCACUGACGCCGCUUGGCAUAGUAUCAACGAAGAACUUCAAAUGCGAGCCGUAAUCCGCGUCUUGCCAGACAACCCCUCAAUGGGCUCCGGAGCCGAACUACGAAGUCAGCUGCGUCGUCUUCGUCACUUGGAUCAAUCGCGUGAACGUCUCCGCAAUCUCCGCGCCAGCCAGCCUUCUACCGAAACGUACGAGUUCAGUCUAGGUCUUAGGAGGCCUAGCCGCAGUAUGCAUGAUCCGAGUCAGGGUGUGCGGACGGCUGGCCUAGCGAUGAGCCAGGAUGGACGGACGCUGUAUUGUGGGACUGAAGAGGGCAUCUUUGAGUUCAAGAUGAAUUUGCAUGUCAGGAAGGCAUUCCCUGCGAUUACGCCUAGGUGA